AAUGGUGGAAGAGCAAGCUACUGACAGCCUUUUUAUCGCCUUCUAGCCGCCGCUUCUCUUCUCGCGGAGCGUUUGGUUUUGAUAUAAAUUCAUGAUCGUUUUGCAUUUGAAGUCGCCACCAUGCGAGCUCAAAUUGAAGUGAUACCUUGCAAGAUCUGUGGUGAUAAGUCCUCAGGGAUCCACUAUGGAGUCAUCACUUGCGAAGGUUGUAAGGGAUUCUUUAGGAGGAGUCAGCAAAACAAUGCCUCUUACUCCUGUCCACGACAGAGAAACUGUUUAAUUGAUCGGACUAAUAGGAAUCGAUGUCAGCAUUGUCGACUGCAGAAGUGUCUUGCCCUUGGAAUGUCUCGUGAUGCUGUAAAAUUUGGGAGAAUGUCCAAGAAGCAGCGUGACAGUUUGUACGCUGAGGUCCAGAAGCACCAACAGAGGCUGCAAGAGCAGCGGCAGCAGCAGAGCGGUGAGGCAGAAGCUCUUGCCCGUGUCUACACCAACAGCAUCAGCAAUGGCUUGACAGACCUGAACAACGAAAUUGGUGGCACUUACGCAAAUGGACAUGUAAUCGAUCUGCCAAAAGUACAAUCUGAGGGAGCUAAUGGAUAUUACAGUGUAGAUUCUGCUCAACCAUCACCGGAUCAGUCCGGAAUAGACAUGGCUGGAAUCAAGCUAAAACAAGAGCCUAUUUAUGAACUCACACCUGUACCAAACUUGUUUACGUAUAGCUCUUUUACAAAUGGUCAACUGGCUCCUGGAGUAACAAUGACUGAAAUAGAUCGUAUCGCACAGAAUAUUAUAAAGUCCCACUUGGAAACAUGUCAGUAUACGGUGGAGGAACUUCAGCAGUUGGCAUGGCAGACGCACACAUAUGAAGAAAUUAAAGUUUACCAAAACAAGGUGAGGGAAGUCAUAUGGCAGCAGUGUGCAAUUCAGGUCACGCAUGCAAUUCAGUACGUAGUCGAGUUUGCCAAACGCAUUACAGGGUUUAUGGACUUGUGUCAGAAUGAUCAAAUUCUCCUUCUUAAAUCAGGGUGCUUGGAGGUGGUGUUGGUCAGAAUGUGCCGUGCCUUUAACCCACUCAACAACACAGUGCUUUUUGAGGGAAAAUAUGGAGGCAUGCAAAUAUUCAAAGCUCUCGGAUGUGAUGAUCUAGUGAGUGCUGUCUUUGACUUUGCUAAGAGUUUAUGCUCCCUUCAGCUGACUGAGGAAGAAAUAGCUCUUUUCUCAGCUGCCGUUCUGAUAUCACCAGAUCGACCAUGGUUGAUGGAACCUAGGAAGGUUCAAAAGCUACAGGAAAAGGUUUAUUUUGCACUACAGCAUGUGAUUCAGAAAAAUCACCUGGAUGAUGACACAUUAGCAAAGCUGAUCUCCAGAUUACCAACAUUAACUGCACUUUGCAACCUGCACACUGAGAAGCUCCAAGCAUUUAAGCUGUUGCACCCAGAGACAACAAACAGCCUGUUCCCUCCUCUCUACAAGGAGCUCUUUAACCCAGACUCUUCAGCCAUCCCCAAGUGACGGUGGUGGCUGACAUGUGCUACUACGCUUGGAACAAAGCUCUCUUCAGACAAAGGCACAUAAUGUGUACA